AUGGCUAGAUCUGGAACCUUAGAGGUGAAAACCCCAAUUUUCUCUGGUGAAAACUAUGAGUUUUGGAAGAUUAAGAUGGUGACCAUAUUCAAAUCAUAUGGGCUUUGGAAUCUGGUAGAGAAGGGAAUCCCAGUCUCAAAUUCGAAGAAGAAGAAGAAGGCAACUGAUGAAAUUUUAGAAGAAGAAGAUGAUGAGAAAGCAGCUACAAUCGUCAUGAAGGAUGCAAAAGCUCUGGGUAUUAUCCAAAAUGCAGUCUCAUAUCAGAUUUUCCCACGAAUUGCAAAUGCAGACUCUGCCAAAGCUGCUUGGGAGCUGUUGUAUGGAGAAUUUCAUGAUGGAGAUCACAUUAGAUCAGUAAAACUUCAAAAUCUCAUACGUGAAUUUGAAUAUACUAGAAUGCAUGAUAAUGAAUCCUUAUCUGCUUACCUUACUAGACUGAAUGAUCUGAUUAAUCAAAUGAAAACAUAUGGUGAAGUGCUCUCGAAUGAGAAGCUUGUGCAAAAUGUUUUGAUUAGUCUUAGCAAGAUGCAACUGAGAAAGCUUUUGCCUCAUUCACAGUAUACAGGCAAGCCAAAGUGUUACAACUGUGACAGGUUUGGUCACUUGGCUAGAGAGUGCACUACAGAGAAGGCUGUGCAGAAGCCAAACUGUGCAAAUCAAAUGGAGGUGUCUGGAAAUCUGUUCUAUGCAAACUGUGCUACUACUGAGUCAAAACCAAAUGGGGAUUGGUACAUUGACAGUGGCUGUAGCAAUCACAUGACUGUCAAUGUUGAUUUACUUCAGAAUGUGAGAAAAAAUGUGGCUGGACAGGUACAAAUGCCCACUGGUGCACUUGUAAAGGUGGCUGACAUGGGUUCAUUGGUCCAUGACACAACAAAAGGAAGGAAGUACAUUAGGGAAGUGAUGUAUCUUCUAGGAUUAAAAGAGAAUAUGUUGAGUGUUGGUCAGAUGGAUGAGCAUGGAUAUUUUCUGGUGUUUGGAGUGGAAUGUGCAAGGUGUUUGAUAGUUCUUCAUUGA